AAGAAGUCGACAGAUAGCUGAAGAAUAAUAAGUUCAUAAUAUGAAAAGCUGAUGUAAAUACAAACAGCUUAAAAAUUAUGUGUUUAGUAUUUUCAACUAUGCUGAUAGCAAAAGGUUUGCCUGAAAAGCAACAUUUAUGGCCGUAGAAUGUCCUACGAAGGCUACACCCAACUGCCUAGCGGCAGUACAGACCACAACCGACGACAGCAACAGGUGAUAGCCAACACAUAUGACGUCCUGCAGCGCACCACAGAAAGCAUCCAGCGCUCCAAUCAAGUGGCCAUCGAAACGGAAAAUAUGGGUGCCGAGGUACUUGGCGAGCUGGGCGAACAACGUGAAUCACUCCUACGCACUACUCGCCGUCUAGAGGAUGCCGAUCAGGAACUUUCGAAGUCUCGAAUCAUUUUACGCAAACUGGGCCGUGAAGUUGUUUACAACAGGAUCGUUUUAAUAUUAAUUAUAUUUUUAGAAAUAGCCAUACUCAUUGGCCUGCUGGUCCUAAAGUUUGCCCAUCUGUGAGGCGAGUCAGUUUAUUCCAAAGCUAUAUUCGGAGUGGAUAUGGAUUUUUAUUAAGUAUUUUGUUUUGUCUUAUCUAACAAUCAUGCUAAACCCAUGCCUUAGACAUAUAGAGUUAAGAUAAUGUAAAUCGUAUAUGGAUCGAUAUUAAUAAAAACACAGCUAAUCGUUAUGGAGGUUAUCUGAAUCCCUUAU